AGGCUGACAUGUGGAAGAGUUCAUGCUCAGAGACCCGUAUGGGGUGUGCAGCAAUCUGUUUCCCUCUCUGCUCCUAAUGCUACUUGGACCUUUGAACCUUCCCAGAGAGAAGGCUAACUGGAGGUCAGUGUCUCAGCACAGUGAGCAGGUGCUAACACAGAUGUCAGACUGCAGCAAAAAGGAGCUGAUGACGGAAGGUAAGAAAAUGGAGGUUUUACAACAAAGAGGCAUCUAGAAACCUUCCCUUCACCAGCCUGUCUUCAGUAAUGAAAACGGAAUUGGAGCUUAUUCUCCCCCCCGUGCGUGGUAAGUCCAGAUGUGAGCAGGGACUUCUCUUCACUUCCGGCGAGCCAGAGCUUUAUAAAUGGACACUGACAUGGACUACGAAAGACCCAACGUUGAAACCAUCAAGUGCGUGGUUGUAGGUGACAACGCUGUGGGGAAGACGCGCCUGAUCUGUGCCCGGGCAUGCAACACCACACUGACCCAGUACCAGCUGCUGGCCACCCAUGUGCCCACCGUGUGGGCCAUUGACCAGUACCGUGUCUGCCAGGAGGUCCUGGAACGGUCCAGGGAUGUGGUUGAUGAAGUGAGCAUUUCCCUCAGGCUUUGGGACACUUUUGGAGACCACCACAAAGACAGGCGUUUCGCAUACGGCAGGUCUGAUGUUGUGGUCCUGUGUUUUUCAAUCGCGAAUCCCAACUCCCUAAAUCAUGUGAAAACCAUGUGGUAUCAAGAAAUCAAGCACUUUUGCCCUCGAACUCCUGUCGUUCUGGUUGGCUGCCAGCUGGAUCUCCGCUACGCAGACCUGGAGGCUGUUAACCGGGCCAGACGGCCCUUAGCCAGGCCCAUAAAGAGAGGUGACAUUUUGCCCCCAGAAAAAGGCCGGGAGGUGGCGAAGGAACUUGGCAUCCCGUACUACGAGACCAGCGUGUUUGACCAGUUUGGCAUCAAGGAUGUGUUCGACAAUGCCAUCCGUGCAGCCCUCAUCUCGCGCCGGCACCUGCAGUUCUGGAAAUCGCACUUGAAAAAAGUCCAGAAGCCUCUGCUUCAGGCGCCCUUCCUACCUCCGAAAGCCCCUCCCCCGGUCAUCAAGGUCCCCGAGUGUCCGUCCUCGGCGACGAGCGCCGCCGCCUGUUUACUGGACAACCCUCUGUGCGCCGAUGUCCUCUUCGUCCUCCAUGGCGUGGAGCACAUCUUCGCACACCGCAUUUACCUCGCUACCUCUUCUUCCAAAUUCUACGACCUUUUUUUAACGGAGUGUGAAGACUCCCCCGGCUGGGGUGGAGGAGCUGGUGAGGAGGUGCCAGGCAGGGAUUUUCAGGGGCGGACGCAGAGUCUGGGACCAGCCGAGGAAGGGAGGGAGGGCCCCCAGAGGACCCCUCAGGUGACCCCUCAGCCUGGUCCUGGAGGAUCUUCAGGCCAGGACCUGCUGGAGAGUCUGGCUCUGCAGACCGACGGCUCGGAUUCCGAGGCACAGGGCCUGUCCGGCUGGAGCAAGGGGUUCCUCAGCAUGCACAGGGAGAUGCGGGUCAACCCCAUUUCCAAGCGGGUAGGCCCAGUGACCGUGGUCAGGAUGGACCCGUCGAUGCAGUCAGGCCCUUUCCGGACCCUGCUGAGGUUCCUCUACACUGGGCAGCUGGACGAAAAGGAGAAGGAUUUGCUGGGGCUGGCUCAGAUGGCCGAGGUCCUGGAGAUGUUCGAUCUGAGGAUGAUGGUGGAGAACAUCAUGAACAAGGAAGCCUUUAUGAACCAGGAGAUCACAAAAGCCUUCCAUGUCAGGAAAGCCAAUCGGAUCAAAGAGUGUCUCAGCAAGGGCACGUUCUCAGACGUGACAUUUACCUUGGAUGAUGGUGCCAUCAGUGCCCACAAGCCGCUGCUGAUCUGUAGUUGCGAGUGGAUGGCCGCCAUGUUUGGGGGGUCCUUUGUGGAAAGCGCCAACAGUGAGGUGCACCUCCCAAACAUAAACAAGCUGUCGAUGCAGGCGGUGCUGGAAUACCUCUACACCAAGCAGCUGUCGCCCAACUUGGACCUGGACCCCCUGGAGCUAAUUGCCUUGGCAAACAGAUUUUGCCUGCCACACUUGGUUGCCCUCGUAGAGCAGCAUGCUGUCCAGGAGCUCACCAAGGCUGCUGUGAGUGGAGUGGGCAUCGAUGGUGAAGUUCUCUCUUACCUGGAAUUGGCACAGUUUCACAAUGCCAACCAGCUGGCCGCCUGGUGUCUACACCACAUCUGCACCAACUACAACAGCGUCUGCUCCAAGUUCCGCAAGGAAAUCAAAUCUAAGUCGGCAGACAACCAGGAGUACUUCGAGCGGCACCGCUGGCCCCCGGUGUGGUACCUGAAGGAGGAGGAUCACUACCAACGCGUGAAGAGGGAGCGAGAGAAGGAGGACCUGGCCCUGAACAAGCACCAUUCCAGGAGAAAGUGGUGCUUCUGGCAGUCGUCCCCAGCUGUCGCCUGAAGAGCAGAGAGAGGAAAAGUCAUCCUCUAGGAAAGACCUCCACCGCUGACAGCUCUACUGUAAAACCCAGUCUCCUCGGCCAUCGACUGGGUUAGGGUUUUGGGGCACCGGCUUUUCCACUUGUGUGCAUUUAUCUCCAUCAGGAUCAAAGCACAAGCUUGCCACCAACGAGCCUGGACAGAAAAGGAAAGCUGACUGACUCUCCGCAUUCCUUCAACCCACACCUGUCUUCACCACCCCCCCACACACACACACACCCGUUAGGAAGCUUUAAUACACUUUAGUCCGUUAUUUCAUUCUUUUUUAUACAAAGAAAAACAAACCCGGCUUUCAUGUUUCAGAUUCCAGAUUGGAAAAAUAUUUUUAUACCGUCUCUUGCAUUUUGUUGAAAUGACAGUGCGGUGAAUGACUUUUAUUUCCCAGGCCACACACUGACCGUGAAGUUGCCCGGUGAGUCCCUCGGCCCACGUGACCACGGAGCACUGCUCCUAAUUACAGAGUUCUCCUUCUGUUGUGGGGUAAAGGGUUGGGCUGAAAUCCCCCCCCCAAAGUACAAGCUGGAAGUGCUUAAUCUUUGUUCUGAUGAACAUUGGUAUAAUUACCUAUUUACACCAUCUUCUAUUUAAGUGCUAGUAAUUAUAUGGUUACCUGUGCCAUAUAAACUCCGUGUUUAAAAUGUCAAGGGGAUAAUCCUUAUACUCAUUAGAAGGGCUCAUUAAAUCCCAGGACUCUCAAGGGCAAGACUGACGGGCACACCUGGGUACCUACAGCAGUGUUCCAGGGUCGAGUCCUACUGUUGGAUAACUGUGUCAGGGCUGGUGGCUUUCAGUGUUCCGCCAUCUUGCUGUGCUUUCCACCAGCAAACCCCUCCAGGAACCUGGGCAGAGGUGAGCGAAGGGGAAAAGGCUCUAGGUCAGUCACCUCAGCCCUCGCACCUGCGGCCAACUUCACUUUGUGAGAUACUUUUUUUUUUUUCUUUUAACUUUCCCCAGGGAAAAUUUAGGUCACCACCGAAGUAGGCCAAGGCAGACCACCUGCUUCUACGGCAGUCCCACAGAGCCUAUGAAAGCCCAGAGCUGGAGGCUGGGUCCUGCCUUCUCUCAGCAGUGAAAGGAGCUGAAUGCCGAGAGCCUAGGGAAUGGUGCUAUUGAGCGGUAGUUCUGACCCCAUGUCCCGCGGGAAGUUCAGUGUUAGAAGAGAACUCAGAAAGCAGGUGAACUCUCAAGAAGCAUCAACAUCAUUGCCCCCUGCAGGUUAAAAUGUUACAGUACACGCGUUCAGUCAGGCACGUGUGUACGCGCACACACACACACACACACACACACACACACACACACACAUACAUCAGAGAGUCAUAGCUCCACGCCUGCCUCGGGACAUUGUGUGCUGGACAUCGGGGGCUCAUCCUGUUGGGCGAUCACCUAUUUUACCGAUGCUAAGGGCUAUUGAUUUUUCUUUUUGUUUUCAUUUUCCAGUUUGUUUGUUUGUUUGUUUGUUUCUGAAGAUGGGAAAGAGACCGUUGAGUCCAAACUCCAAAUGCCUUUUGCAUUUGGAAAUCUAUGUAGACCACAAGCAGGCAUUUGUUUCUGGCAUGGCCACACACCAGAUACAAGAGCUUAGGAAGACCCAGCCUGAGAAAGCCUCCCCCUUAACUUUGCUAAUGGGGCGAAUUACUAAGGAGAGGAGAAGGUGUCCGGGAUGAGAGGAUACACGUCAAUGGCAGAUAGCCACCUGAAAAUCCUAGAGGUUGUGUUUUCAAUGAGUAGCCCUAGUUGAAUUUAACAACCAAAGCUCCAUCUGAUUGUACUCUUGCCAAAACAUGACAGACACAUACAUGAACAUGGGCAUAAGCAAUAAUACCCUCUCAUGUUCUUCACAGCUGCUGAAACCAAGUGGCUGGUUCAUUUGGUUGACACUGAUUAGCCUUUAACCGUGGUGGUUUGUUUCAUGUUUUUUAUUUCACAAAAAAAAAAAAAAAAAAAAGCCAAUAAAAUUCUUUAGCUAUAAAAAAAA